AUGGAGAAGGCCAGCAGCCAAAGGAAAGGCGCGAACGGCAAGAAGGCAGAGGUGGACGUGGCCUCGGUUCUCAAGCAGCUGCCCAGUGACGACACAUUGAGCUGGGACAGCUACUUUGCACCUGAGCACCUCAAAGACGAGCUCAUGCACUUGGCUGAGUGCAUGAAUCCAGACUUCCAGCGCCGGUUAAAGGCACUUCGAGAGCACUGCCGUGCACGACCAAGCCAGAUCUUUCGUGGCCGAAAGAUGAUCUUGCUUCAUGGACCUCCGGGCACGGGCAAGACGCAUGCCAUGCGCAUGCUGGCAUCGCUGCUGAAUCUGCAGCCGUGGGUGCUGGAUGUCAAAGCCAUGGCGGACAGUUGGGAGGCGCGGAGCUUGUUCGACGAAGUACUGCAGACCAUUGGGAGCCUCAGCAGAUCUAUCGUCUUCCUGGAUGAGUGCGAAGGCAUCUUCCGAAGCCGGGGCCCAAUGAUGAACUACGCAUCCGUGACGGUCACCACCAAGGUGGAACUGAUCGACGACUUCUUGACGUGGGUGGACGGACUACAGGGACAGAAGGAGAGCCACGUCAUGGCGGGCGCUUUCCUUUGUUUGUCCACAAACGUUCUCGAGCACAUCGACCCAGCGGUGGUGUCUCGCAGCUCUUGCCUCAAGAUUGAUCUGCCCGGCCUACCAGAACGCCAGGCAUGGUGGGCUGCACAUGCCAAGCACCUGGUGAUGCCUGAGUUGGCCGAGUUGGCUUCCAUCACCGAAGGUCUGUCGUUUCGAGACUUGGCCCAGGUGGCAGAGAAAGUGGAGCGGGCCGCAGCAAGGCAUGCAGGCUUGGACGCUCAGGUGAAGCACUGCAGCAUCUCUCAGUACAGAGACGUCUCGCGGAAGCUGGCCGAGGAUAAGGGCAGCGCGGACACAGCGACCUCUCAGGAGCACCUCGCAAAGACUGGUGGGUGGCUUGCAGCUUUGCAAGCGGAGCAUGCCGAGCGGCAGAAGUUGGAAGCCAGGGUCAAGCAGUUGGAGGAGUCCUUGGAUGCAGGGUACUGCUACAUUGAGGACUCCCAGAUCCAUCAGAUCCGAGAGAAAACCUGGCCUCAGGAGACCGAGGUGGAAGGGCCUCUCCGGGGAUAUGUGCGUCCGCUUCUGCGAAAGUUCCGGGUCGUGUCUGACAGCAUUCUCAAGUAG